CUGAGCGCAGACAUUAUCGGUCACGUGACGCAUCCGCCAUUACAACCGUGAAACCGUGAGCGUCCUUAGAAAUGUACACAGGUGGAGGUGGAGAAUCGUGUGCGGUUUUUAACUGCACUAAUAACAGAAAGAAACUGUAUUUAUGGAAGCAGUCUAUAUGCCAAGAACAUGGUGAUAUUCCUCACAAAGAUUGCCCCUGCGUCGUGCCAUACAGCCUGCACACGAUGCCGAAAAUAGAAGAAGAGAAACUGAAAUGGCAGCGGGCAUUACAUCGACACGAUUUGCCAAAGAAUGUGUUGGUGUGUUCAACGCAUUUUAUUGACGGGCGACCAACAGCACGAAACCCAACGCCCAGUCUGAAUUUAGGUUAUAAAACUCCCGUCAAAGUUGGCCGUCGACUUCUGAAGAGAAAGUUUGUUGCACAGAAAUUAGAGAUGGUGGGAACAGAUGGGAGUGAACAUGAAAAGCAACAAAAGGUGGUUGCUGCUGCAGAUGAUGUUGAAACUCUCAACAUUAUUCAAACUGAACCAACGAUGACAUCUUUUUCAACGCAGACGAGCAUAACAGAAAGCAGAUCUGCAGGCACACAGUGGAUAGAUCCCACACUACAUGAGCAUGAAUAUGCUAGGCCGUGCAUUUCAGGAGCCAGGGAUACAGGAACACAGACGAGACCCAGUGAGACCGAGGACAAAGGAGUAAACUGUAGCACUCUGCAUAUACGCCUCACCACUGCUGACAUAUCAUCUGACUCUUUAGCUUUGUUAUACACAGGACUGCCUUUAAACACUUUCAGAACAUUUGUGAGUGUAAUGCAAAAUAUGGACGACCCAUUGAAGUUUAUCAUGCCCGUUUCAGAACAAGUUUUGUUGGUGCUAAUGAAAUUAAGGCUUAAUCUACUGUUUGCAGAUCUUGCCAAUAGAUUUGGAAUAUCCGAGUCUUAUGCGUGCACCAUUUUCAAUCAAAGACUCUCUUUUAUGGCUUCAAAACUGAAAAACUUAAUUGUUUGGCUUCCACGUGAAACAAUUAGAGCCACCAUGCCAAAAUCUUUUCGUGAGAACUAUCCAAAAACCACAGUCAUAAUUGAUUGCGCUGAAACUUUCAUCCAACGAGCAAAAAACUUGAAGACAAGAGGAGAAACAUACAGCCACUACAAGUCCAACAACACAGGAAAGUAUUUGGUUGGUAUUGCACCACAUGGACAGAUUAUGUUUAUAUCUAAAGGCUUUGGAGGAAGAUCUAGUGAUAAAGCAAUUGUGGAAGAGUCUGGCAUUUUAAAUUACCUUCUUCCUGGGGAUGAAAUUAUGGCGGAUCGAGGUUUUACCAUUGAUGACUUACUCUUUCCCUUGAAAGUGAAACUUAAUAUUCCAGCUUUUACGAAAGGUAAAGACCAACUUUCAGAAGAGGAUGUAACAGAGACAAGACGAAUUGCCACUGUACGGAUUCAUGUGGAACGGGCUAUUAGACGUUUAAAAGUGUUCCGCAUACUUAGUCAGGUAGUUCCUGUUACCUCUGUUAAGAAACUCAGUGACUACUUGAUUGUUUGUGCUGCAUUGGUUAAUCUGAGAUCUGACCUUAUCAAAGAUAAAGAUGAUAACUGAUGGUUAUGCUAAAAUUUUAAACUCUAGUCAGCUUCACUAAUGUUAAUGAUGCAUGCAUUAACAUAUAGUAAUAUGAUAUUAUGUAAUAAUUCCAAUGUUAUAAGUUAAAACUGUUUUGAUUGGACAAAAAUAAAGCUGAACGAUA